CGUUUCAUCCAGAUCUGUUCUUGUUGAAAAUCUCCAUAUAAAAGAUCCCUUUUGGACUCUCUCCACCCUUUUUCUCCCCUUAUUUCUUAUUGUCUCAUUUAUUCCUCUCCAGCUCCCCAGCCAUGGUUUCUCACCUAGUCAAAACUAUACGAAAUGUAGUUGGGAUCACAGGGAACGUCAUCUCACUCUCCCUGUUCUUGUCUCCAGUGCCAACUUUUGUUCAAAUUUGGAAGAAAGGGUCAGUGGAGCAGUUCUCGCCAGCCCCAUACCUAGCAGCCUUAAUCAAUUGCAUGGUUUGGGUCAUUUACGGGCUACCGAUGGUGCACCCCAAUAGCAUCCUGGUUGUGACCAUCAAUGGCGCAGGGAGCGCCAUUGAGGUGGUGUAUCUAGCCCUCUUCCUCAUCUUUUGUCAUGAAAAGAGAAAGAGAAGCAAAGUGCUGCUGAUCAUGGUGGUUGAGCUAAUUUUCAUUGCCGUUGUCACCAUUCUGGUUCUCACCGUAGUUCACACCCAUAAAAGCCGCUCCUUGGUCGUUGGGAUUAUAGCAAUUUUGUUCAAUAUCAUGAUGUAUGCUGCGCCUUUAUCCGUCAUGAAACUGGUGAUCUCCACGAAAAGUGUGGAGUACAUGCCAUUUUUCCUCUCCUUUGCUUCCUUUCUCAAUGGUGUUGCUUGGACUACUUAUGCUUUCCUCCCUUUUGACCCUUUCAUUGCUGCUCCAAAUGGACUGGGCACAUUGUUAAGUUUAGCCCAGCUGUUGUUGUACGCCACAUAUUACAAGUCCACAAAGAGAAUAAUGGCAGCAAGGCAAGAGAACAAGAUCGAGAUGCAUCGGUCAGAGGCGGUCGUCGAUGGAGGAGAUGGUGAGCCCAAGAUGACCGGCGGAGCACCUUACAGGACCCAUCCAUCUGCAAUUUAA